AUGGCUAUUUCAUCAUCAUCGGCUUAUUCAAAUUCUUAUUUAAAUUUAAGUAAGGACCAUGAGAGAGCCAUUCCAUCCGCUUCUUCCGACUUGUUCUUUCUCAUGCCUAAUCAUUCCAUCACUCCAGUAAAUUCUACCUCACAAACUGCAACAAUGACAACUCAUGAGAAUAUACUGGAUUUUACCUUUGAGGAUACAACCUCCUCGUCCUUACCUAUGAGCCAUCCUCCGCUCGAUCCUGAUAUCUUGUUAGAUCCCAACCACAACAUUUUCAACAACAACGGCAAAACCUCACCUCUUCAUGAUCCAAUCUUUGAUGAAACAACAACAACAGAACCAGAGAAUCCCUCCUCUCCGUCCCUUGCUACUCUCUGUUUAUCCAACAAUGUCGCCAAGACGAGAGCCUUCUUUGAAAAGGCUUUUGAAAAGAAUUCAGAAGGGAUGCCUGGAAACUCUUCUUCCAAUCCUAUCAGAAAUCCUCAUUUGUCCCAUUUGUUUUCGGAUCGCGGAGAGGAUGAUACAGACUCACUUGAGGAGAGAGUCCUUGCUUCAUUAUCAGGAGAUUUUGGAUCCUAUGAAGAAUCCGUUCGGGAAGAAUUAAGGCAACUCUCAGAAUUUAUUGCUAUAUCGAGUAAGAAAUUGGAAGAUGAUUCAUCGGUGCAGAAAGGACAAACGAGUGAUGCAUCUCUAACAGCUUCAGACGGAAAGCAGCUUCCACGAGUGAAAAUUGAUCUCGUCCGACGAUACAAUCCAAUGGAUAUUUGUAGAAAAAUUCGCGAAUAUGAAACUCAAAAGGAAUUGUUGGAGAGUGAGAGAGAGUACCAUGAAUUGAACCGAUUAGAGUCUGCCUUAAGAAAGGACAUACAAAAAGAGAUGAAUGAUAUCGAAGACAAGUUCAAUUACGAUUAUUCAUUGAGAAGGAAAGAAAUUCAAGCCCUUUUGCAUGAUCAGCAUGAAGAAAUUAAUCAGUUAUGGACAAGGAGAAUUCUCAAGUAUGAUUCAGUUGCUGUGGUGUUGAUGAACGAUAUGGCAGAGAGGCAUCAGACUGAAUUUGCAACGAGCCAAGAAAAAUACCGUAAGGCCUUUUUAAAGAAGAAACCAACACUUUCCAAAUCUACCCUUGCUGAGAAGAAUUUGUUGAAUGUACUAUCAACCUCAAAAAUGUACGAACUAGGAAAUGGGCUUGAAGCGAAAAUCUAUGAUCUGGAGAAGAAGGAUCUUGCAAACUUUUUCAAUCAACAAGAGUAUCAUGUCGCGAAAAAGCUCGAACACUUGUCACAGAGGCAACAUCAAGAAUUGUGUGCUGCUCAACAAAAAAUUGAUAAGGGAAGGAAUGCAAUGGAAAAGGACCGAGAGAGUGAUAUCAAGAAACUUGAUUCUAGAACUACCAUUCUAUUCAGAGACUUGGAAAAGAAAAGAAACGUGAUAUUGACGCAAAUUCAACAUUUUCGAGACAAGUUCAAUGGAGUCACUUCGGGUGCUUUCAGACGAAAAAGUUCAGAAUACUUUUCUACUUGGGAGAAUUUAAAUGUACAGGAACCAGUUAUCCACAUCUCAGCUUGUUUAGAAUUUUUCAAUUCCAUUACAGACAAAAUAAUUCAAUUUUUCAACACUGUAGAUAAAUCAGAGACGGAGAUUGAGAAGGAAACGUGCAAAACCACCAAACGACUAUUGGAUUCUAUGGACCAAGUCAUUACAGAUUCUCCAAAAACAACUCCAGAAAAGAAGAAACACUCUACCAUGCGUGAUAAGAAUGCAAGUACCUGUACCUUUCAAAAUGAGCAAUACUCCAAGUUGCUAUCGCCUCCAGCAAGUCCUGCUAUGAAAGACAAAAAUAAUAAUGACCCCACUAGAUCCACAGUCGCUCGUACAACUUCCUUGUUCAUUGAGGAAGCAAAAGCGAUUUUGAACACGCCUGAAAAGGUGAAAAUUUCGAACCCCUCCCAGUCCUCGCUAAAUCGAUCAACUUCAUCCUCCAAAGGAUUGGCUGUUGCCACUCAACCUAAUGUGACUCUUGACGAUUGCUUGAAAAAGAAGAAAAAGCCUUCAGCCAAACACACAUUUUCUGAGCUCAUACGAACAUCGUUCAAGUGGAAGUAA